CGGCGCUAUCGAGGUGCCGAGUGCUGCCGAGCCGUCCCGAGUUGUCCCGACAGCUUCCGAAAGUUGCCGAGUGCGGCCGAGUGCGGCUGUAGGGAGAAGGCGGCCCCGCGGCGGCGCGGAGGGAGCGGGGUGUCGGGGUCCGGACCCGGCCAUGAUCGAGGUGGUGGCCAAGCUGGGCCGCGGGCCCGUGUUCCUGGCUGGGGAGAUGCUGGAGUGUGUUAUCACCUUCACCAACCCCUUGUCGGCCUCCUCCACGUCCGCCAGCAGUGAGAUGCUGGCGUGGGCCAGUGCCCAGAUUCAUUGCCAGUUUCAUGCCAGUGAGAACCGGGUAGUGCUUCCUCCAUCUGAUGGCAGCAAGCCGGACGUACAGGCAGAGAACGAGACGGUCUUUGUCCCCAACAGAGGAGAGCGGGGUCAGUGUAUCCUGUCCACACCACCAAAGAUUCUGUUCUGUGACCUGCGACUGGAUCCCGGGGAGUCUAAAUCCUAUUCGUACUGCGAGACGCUGCCCAUAGAUGGCCCUCCCUCUUUCCGGGGACAGUCAGUGAAGUAUGUAUACAAGCUGACCAUCGGCUGCCAGCGGGUCAACUCCCCCAUCAAGCUCCUGCGUGUGCCCUUCCGUGUCCUUGUGUUGCAUGGCCUCAAGGAUUACCAGUGCCCACAGGAUGAAGCUGUUGCACCUUCUAACCCCUUCCUGGAAGAGGAGGAGGGCUUGAAGAAAGACUCCCGCCUGGCAGACCUGGCUAGAGAUCUGCUCAUGGCAGCCACCUCUCGACGCAGCCUGCACUUGUACAAUAUCAGCAACACACGUGGGAAGGUGGGGACGUUCUGUAUCUUCAAGACUGUGUAUAAGAUUGGAGAGGAUGUCAUUGGGACCUUUAACUUCUCAGAAGGAGACAUUCCAUGCUUACAGUUCUCAGUGAGUCUGCAGACAGAAGAGAGCAUCCAGGAGGAGUUCCAGAGGCGACGGGGACAGCCUGUCUCCUUCAGCACACAUGCCCGCCAUCAGGAGGCCUGCCUGCACACAGCCCAGAGCAGUUUCAACCUGCCGAUCCCACUGAGCUCAACUCCAGGAUUCACCACCAAUAUCGUGACCCUGAAGUGGAGGCUGCACUUUGAGUUCGUGACUUCUGGGGAGUCAGCAAGGACCUGCAUGGUUCGUGGGAGCCAGUCAGAGGCCGUCACCUGGACUGGGGUGGAGCAGAUUGAAGUGGACACUUUCAGCUGGGACUUACCCAUCAAAGUUCUUCCCACAAACCCCAUCCUGGCCUCCUACGUAUCUCAGUUCUCUAGCGCCAACUCCAUCACCAUCUGAAGUGGAGAGAGCCAGUGAGAACCCACAGUGCUGAAGGGAUUGGCUGGCAGGACCACCACCAGUGUGCAGCAGGAUGCACACCCAGGACUCCUCAGGUUUGUUUGCAGCUUAUGGGUGGGCACUGGACAGGUCUGUCCUGCCUGUGCGCAGAGGAGCAUUGUGCAUGCUGCCAUGCUCUGUGCCAUGGCUUUCAGUUGUGCCUGUGUGAGCCUGAGUCGCAGCCCUCACUGCAACAAGAUCUGCUUCCUGGGGAAGGGCCUUGCAUGUGCCUUUACCCCAGGACAAAGCUUCCAAGAGACAAGGGCACGGCUCAGGGAUCCUGGAGCUUUUCAGAGAAGCCUCGUGCUGGCUUUGCAUGGAGAUCAUGGCAGGCCAGUCUUGUUCUGCCAGCUUAUGUGGGCUGGAUGUGGCCGAGUGCUGUGGCAGCUCCAGUUGGAGCAAGGUGGCAGAAGCAUAGUAGUGAUCCAAAGCUGUGACAUAGUGAGUACCUGGGCUAUUCUUUCCUUCUGCUCUUGUGUUCAAAGGCAUCCUGCUGGUUUUGGGAUCCUUGAGGAGCUGAAAUGAAUGCACACUGGGCAUUCAGGAGCUGGGACAGAAGUCUCUCUGCUCAACAGCCAGCUCUGCAUUUCUACCAGACCUUUCAGAGUUUUUCUUUUUGCAUAGAAAUCUAAUAAACACUAGAAAAUGCAAAA